CCACGAUCUCCUAGUCUUGUGCUCAGUUUGCUGAUCGAAGCGUACGCUCAUCCCAUAGCUAUCCGUGCAUCACUCCUGGCCUCGAAAGUCAACCUGUCCCCGCCCCCGCAGUCGUGAACAGCACAGCGCGGCUGCUUCAGGAUGGCUACUCAAGCUCACUGUGCUUUCUGCUUUGAUACCCUCGCAGUAUCAUUCGAGCGCAGGAAACCCCUCACUCUCGCGCAGACGGAAGAGCUGUGGGAGCGAUAUCACGCGAGCAACGAUGAGGACCCCUCAGAAGUCGAGGAUGACGACGAUGCCGAGAUGACCGAUGUAGACGGCGACGAGGCGGCGCCAACUUCGACCAAACGGACUGCCAUCUCACGAUUGCUAAACAGAGAACCCGCGAGAAGCGCCGGCAGCUCGAGCAGCAGCCUGCCCAGCGCACAGAGUGGGAGCAGCGGGGGAAGCAGCAAGAAUGCUUCCGGCACAGCAACACCAGCGAGUUCCAUGAGCUCCACAUCAGACGUGACGGGAGGCGCGAGGAAAGGCGAGGAGCAUCCUCUUUUCAUCACAUGGAAUACCGUGUCUCGAAGCGGCCACAAGAGCCUAAGAGGCUGCAUCGGCACCUUUGAGGCGCAAGAGCUGGAGUAUGGGCUCCGCUCAUAUGCUCUCACCUCGGCCUUCGAAGACACGCGAUUCUCUCCGAUCCCCUCCUCCCUCCUCCCGAGCCUAUCCUGCGAGGUCACUCUCCUGACCAAUUUCUCCUCUCCUUCGAGCGACCCUCUAGGUUGGACCCUUGGCAAACACGGUAUCCGCAUAUCCUUCACAUAUCAUGGCAGAAGAUACGGCGCGACAUAUCUACCCUCAGUGGCUGUAGAGCAAGAGUGGACGAAAGAAGAGACGUUGAUAUCCUUGAUGCGCAAGGCCGGCUACAAUGGAAGCUCGAGUUCAUGGGAGCGGGUAUGGCGAGAUGGCAGAGGAGAGCUGGUGACUUAUGAGGGGAAGAAGGUUGGGCUGGGAUAUAAGGAAUGGAAAGAAUGGAGGGACUGGGCAGAAGAGAAUCGGUAGGACGAGUCGAGCUGCGUGGUAGACACAGAAAGAAUUUGGGGUUUGCACGGGACAUGACAGAGGGGCUGGAAUACCAAGGGGUAAUCAAGAGAUCUUCCAUACACUGGGCAAGGUAGUCCAGCAAAGAGCCGGGACGGCAUAAUGAGAGACGAUAGACGUGCAAUGCGAGGACAUUUCAUGCAAGCCAGUCUGUAGAUGAGAAACACCACCCGACUGAGCAAAGCUUUUCCGAAGACUGGACAAUUCCGAACCGAAACAGCUGAUUCAAAAUCCAACGGACCUUCCACAGUCGCUCGGAGAGAUCGCUAGCAACCUCUGGUGGAGACCCGACUCGACAUGGACUGGACCUCUGGCGCUCGAAUGAAAAUAAGUUUCACUUGCGCUCAGAUGUCGGAGCAUUGGUUGAAAGGCGAACGGUGGAGCGGAGCUGCAGGUUGAAAUAUUCAGGCUCGUGAAGGAAGCAAUAGAAUCAGUGGCAUUUUUGGUACACCUUUCUCUGCAGAAUAUGAAGAAUCGCGGACUGGAGCCUGAUCGCAGCGUAGAUUGGUUUCCGCUAGUCGAGCCGAGGAACAAAG